AUGGAACUAUUCGAGGACAUUGAGGAAACUGAGGAGGAGGAGGAGGAAGGUCUAGAUACAGAAUUCCUCGAAAAGACUGACAAAGAAGCUAGACUGGAGGACAGUCUAGUUAUGGAACUAUUCGAGGACGCUGAGGAAACUGAGGAGGAGGAGGAGGAGGAAGGUGUGGAGGAGCCUUGUCUAGAAGUCUACUUGUUGAGACAAGGACUCGAACAGAUGGAAGAAGAAAAGCUGGGCUUAGAGAAGGAUUUGGAUAACUGUAAAGAUCUCGCACGUAAAAUGGAAAACCUCUGGAUGGGAGCUCAGCAAGAGAUCGAACUGCUUCGACGUCAGCUAGUGGAGAAAGAUCUACUCCUGGAAAAGAAAGCACAGGAGGAAAAUGAAAUGAACGCCAGAGAUAGAAAAAUCGAGAAUCUGCUUCAGCGAAAUGAAAAACUUGUAAAUGAAAAUGGGCAGUUGGAAGAGGACUUAAAACUCGCUUUAGCUGAAGUACAGAAGAUGGAAGAGGUUGACAGAGAACAGCGGGAGAAAAUAGUGGCACUGGAGAGUCACCUACAGGAGAGAGCCGAGGAGGAAAGCGAGAUGGGAAGGGUCCUCCAACGGAAGAUGGCUGAGAAAGAAAGAGAGCUGGAACGCACUGUACAGGAGGGAGCAGAACUCAGCCGCAAAUUAAAGGAGGCUGAAAAUCUCAACCAGUUGCUUGAUCUGGAGAAUGAAGACUUCUGUAGGCAGAAUGAAGCCUUGAGGAAUGUUUUAGUUGAGAUAGAAAGAGAGCUGGAGUGCACUUUGCAGAAGGGAGGAGAGCUGUGCCUCAAAUUGAAAGAAAAUGAAAAUCUCAAUCAGUUGCUUGUCCUGGAGAAUGAGGACUUCUGUAGGCUGAAUGAAACAUUAAGGAAUGCUUUAGAUGAGAAAGAGAAGGAAGCAAAGCUGCUGAAAGGAUCCCUCGCCACUAAAUCUAAGGAAUUGGAGGAAGCUCAAGAGGAACGAGAAGUAACGAAGAAACGACUGGAAGAAACUGAACAGGAUAAUGUGACACUCCAAGAUAACUUGGAAAGCGCUCUGCGUCAAGAACAGUGCCUCCAGCGCUUGCUAGAUUGUCAGGAAGAAGACAUCUUAUCCCUGAGGAAGAAGGAGAGUGAAGCCCAGUUGGAAGUGCAGCGACUUCUCAAUGAUUGCAAAGAGCUGAAAGAGGAGUGCCAAACACAGAAGGAAAAUAGGAUGAGAGACGAGAAGUGUUUCAGAGAGCAGCUUCGAAUACAGGAGGAUGCUUUGAGAGAACAUGACAAAUACAUGUUAAUGAUGCUCCUCCAUGGAACCGCUCAGAGGAAUUUCCAACUGGAACACAUUGCACUAGAACAUGAGCAUGAAACUGCAGACGAUACGAGUAAAAACAAGAAGCUGGAAAAGUGUGCUGAAAGAACAGGAAGGAUAGACGAAGGGAGAGACGAAGACCCUUGUGAAAAGGCGCGCAAGGGAGAAGAAAAACAACAUAGAGAGUUCUGCAACGCCCAGCAGGAGAUGGAGCAGGAUUACAGGGAACAGUGGGAGGGCCUCAAGCACAUAUUGAAAGACGUCAUUAAUGGAGAUGAAUGA